AUGACACGACUGGGACGCAGAGCAAAUUACUUGCCCAAAAUCUCACAGAAAGUCUGGGAAAAAGAAGUCCAUGCCAUAUUGGAGUAUUUUAGCAUGGUGACGUGCUCCUUUGAGAUCCUUGCUGGAGAAAAUAUUUUUAAAUUUGUGGAAAAGCCUUGUCCACUGACAACACCCAAGGGACUUGCUAAUGUGAGUUUGGAGGCUUGCCAGUGUGACUCCCACCUACGAGAAGGGUCUAAGGAGUAUCUGCAGAACUAUAGACCCAUCAGCCUGACUUCAAUGCCAGGAAAGGUUUUGGAGCAGAUCAUCUUGACUGGACGAAAGCUGGAUUUUCAAAGGAAUGUGAAGGAAUUGUGUCAAAUCCUGACAAGGAAAAUGCUAAAUUUCACUUGGAAGUUCAAUGGGCAAGGGUGGAAGCAGGAUAAGUAUGAGGUCAUUACAUCUGAUGAUGGAUUGGCCCACGUUGUUCCAGUUCAAUUCAUCAGCAAAGCUGAGAAUACCCAAAUGAAAAAUGGAAAAUCCUGUCUGGAGUGUGUGCUGAUUUUGGAAAACAUCACUCUGAAAGGAAUGAGUAAUUUCUCUCCUCGUGUCUCCACUGGGAUUUCUUCUAUUUGCCACUUUGAAGGCUGUAUGUGUGAUGUUCUUGCUCAAAGUGAUAAUCUUGCCAAACUCUGUGUCAUCCUGAAUGGUGAGAAGAUGGAAGAAAUAUGGUUCAAGGACAGCAAAUGCUAUGAAAGGAAUCUCGGUACUGUAGUAGGAAGCAAAUUCAUCAACAGUCUAAAAGAGGAGCAUGAAGAGAGGCACACGUUCAGCCAAGGGGACAGAGGACAAAGCAAGAGUUGCAGAAAUUCAAGGAGUGUUACAAGGGGCCCAGCUCUGGACCGCCUUUGUUGGGAACUUGCAGACACAGGAAAAAUGUUAGGGUGUAUUUGCAGCUGCAGCUUUCAAUGGGUUUCUUUUCAGAUUCUCCUGUUAUUGAAGCUUUUCACCGCAUGUAAUGUAACUGUGAAGAAUGAGCAUACUGAAAGCGUCAAGGUGCCUUUCAAGGCAAAGGCAUUGAGUAAAGUCUUAUGUUUCUGAGACGGUGUUGAGGUGACAGAGAAAAAGGUGAUGGAGAAAACCAGUGACUGUGUUACAAUCAAACACUGUGCAAGAGAAGACAAUGGAGACAUUAUGCUGAAUCUCAAAAAUGACUGUGGCUCAGCUUUGGACAAUCUUUACCUCAGCAUUGUUGACAAUCCAAAACCCCCACAGGGGAGAGUAGAGUUCCUGGAACACACAGGGAGUUGCAUUAUAAUGGAAUGGAAAGCACCCAGAGGCAAUGGAGGAAAACUGGUAAUUCACUUCACAUCUAGAGGAGGGUGGCUGGGGAAAAUAUCUUGGAUCAAAGCAGGGGUGGUAGAAAGUAAGUUUGGUAUGGAGGUGGAGAAAGGAAAAGCAUACCAAUUCAACAUAUUUCCUAUCAGCUCUGAGGGCCUCAGUAAGCCCCUGGAAACAGAAAAAGGUUUUGCCAGAUGACCUAUUGAGAUCAGAGUCUAUCACAGAAGACAGUGUAGACAGUGUGUCUGGCCUAUUGAAGCAUUCCAGAAGCAAAAUUUCCAAACUGAAAUUGCAGCCAUGAGUAAACUAAACAUGCACGUUAUCCUUCUUGCUGUACAUAUGUAUGUAUACCUACACGCACAUAUACAAUCUGAAAUCCCCAAAUUCUGUUUGUGCUGUGCUAAAUUGAUUUUUCUCUGUAUGGAGUUUCUUGCACGGGUGUCUCAGCCUCAAGGGGAAGAUGUCAGGAAAGAAGCUGUCACCAUCACCAGGAACUCCUCAGCCCAGGAUGGAGGCUCCCCAUUGCAAGGCUACAUCAUGGAAAGACGGAAAAAAAAAGGUACUCAACGGAUACAGCAUGAGUUCAACCUUGCAGGCCCUGGAUUUCCUAGCGCACCUUCAACACUUGUUGCAAAGGAUCCCAUCAAGCCUGCAGAACUCAUGAAGGUCCUCCACGUGGUGGAUUUUUCCAGCUCUAGCCUUCCCUUAGCCUGCCAGGAACCAAACAAGGAAGCUGUGCCAUCAGGAUACAUACUAGAGGAUAGAAGUGAGGACACCAAGGAAUGGACAAAGUGCACCGAGAUCCAUAUCUCUAGUACCCUUAACACUGCAGGAGGCUGCAGGAAAGACGUAUCCUUCCAAGCUACGAAUGAAGCCAGUGAGGGAAAAGCAAUGGAGUUGCAGGAAGGAAUUCUAGCAAUACCACCUCCAGAGGCAUUGGGAGAAAAUGGAAGCCAGCACAAGGUGUGCAGUUCUUUAUUCAAACUAAAGGAUUCUGCCAUCCUUCUGGCUAGGUUUGACCCGACUGUGAGGCUGAAGAGCCACAUGGUGGUUUGUGCUGGAACAGCACUGUGCAUUUGUACAUCUUUGUCCGUAAGAUUCUGUGUCAUGUCCUAUGCAGGAAAAAUCCUGCACUUAGAGAUUUCUUUGCCAUCUGGUAAAAUACAGCUGCAGGAUUAUGGAGCCACUAAUCUCAGCUGGCUUGAGAAAGUCCCAGAAACUGUGACACUAAAAUAGAAUUACAGCCAAGAUGAAGAAAACUAGCAGACACAUGAUGAUAUCCUGAAACAUGAUGUCAGUACUGCCACAUGGUUCUCAGCCACAGAAAAAUUCUACAGCAAUACGUACACAGUCACAGGCCUGCUUCCAGGGAGAAAAUACUUGUUCUGAGUCAUUGCCUGCAAUGAUACUGGGGACACUGACCCUGUGGAUUCAGAGGAGCUAUGAUGUGUCUCCAAAGAUAAAGCUGAAGGAGUGUCCCAGCACGGACUAGCAUUGUGCACAUCACCAACAAACCAUAGCAUGAGUCAUGGUAAUGACUGCACCAUGAGCUAUGCUUUCACUAACAAUCCCCACCCAGGAGUGACCCCAUACAAGGGCAAUAUUAGCAUCACAUGCAAGUUCAAGUUGUGGUUUAGCUGUGCAACAAGUGGCAUCUGCCUGCUUAUGAUCCCAACAACUUACAGCUGUAAGCUGACCAUAAAAAAAUGUGAUAAAACCCUCUUGGACACAGUGUCAAAAAGUUUGCAGAAGCCUAAACACAGGAUGUAAUUAGCAGAACCUGCUCUCCCUGGUCUAACAUGCAGAACAGCAUUGCUGUGGCUGCAUCAUUUAUUUUUGCUUGUGUGGCUCAAAAUGCAAGUGUGCUUGGCUUCUGUAAUGGUCAGUUAAACUAGGUGGUAGAGAGAGGGGCUCCUGCUCAACAGGGCCAGUUCUAAUGUUUCCGUAUUUCCCCCCUCUAAAGUGGUUUCAGGCAGCAUGUUAAGGAUGAUGUUUCUAAUAUAUUUCUGCUAAUGUAUCUUAACAGUAAUAAAAGGUGCCAAAUAGCGCUGUUUUCCCUUCUACGUAUCAGUUUGCUUCACUGGUCAAUGAGAAUCUUGCUUCUGAGUUCAGGAGGAGGGCUGGAUUCUGUCUACUUAUUUGCAGAUAGCUCAGCAGGAUCUCUGUGAUGAUGUAAGCUUCAUUAUGUCAGGCUGUGUAUAAACAUACAGUAAGCAAUAAAUAUGGAGUACUUAAAACCUUGAAAUUCCAUAAAAGUAAAUACAAUCUGCAGCUUUACAAAUGAGGGAGUCACUGCGUGAAAGAGCUGGUUGCAGAAGGCAAACCUGAGAUCCAGAAUGGUCCAGUAACCUCAUUGCUGGCGGGUAAGACUAAGGAAUUAGAACAUAUCUGAACCACUGAAUGAUUGACGUAGUCAGAUUUAUAUAUACUAGUGUUGGUUCUUUUAGUUUAGAGUGAUUUUUUCCUGGAGCCUUUCUGGUAUAAAAGCGUAAUGUGGCCAGCCACACGCACAUGCUUAGCCCAAGAAUAUUUUGCCAUCUUUGUUCCACCUGGAACAAGGAAGGAAGUGUGAGGGAACAGGAUGUUCCUCCCAUCGAGCUUCUAAUUUUCUUAAACAAAUUGUAAGAGACAAGUAGGAAAGAAACACCUGAUUUCCCUCACAGUUAUUCCUUUGGGCUGCUUUGAAACUUGGUAGUGGUUCUGCCUAGUACUGAUUCAUUCUCGCAUCAGGAAUCACUGCGCUCAAAAGGGGAGAGUGGAAGAAUGUUAAGCCUGCGAGCAGAUCCAUUUAAUGGACUGGGAGCGCCUGUUCUGCAUUUCUACGCUAUAGAUCCUUGAAACCUGUUCCACUGGUGACAGAUGGCCUGGUUCAGGAUUAAUGAAACCAAAUAUCUGUGCCACUGCAUCAAAUGCAGCUGAGGAAACUGGCAUCAGAUCCUCAACCAGAAAAAUAUGUCCAUGCUAACCUAUUUCUCCCCUGGAAAUUUUUGCUUAGGAGAGGAGGAAAAAAUAAUUGGCCAUUUAUCUGGGGUUUCUGGGUAAACUCAGUGAGCAACCUUCUCAGAGCAAUCAUUUGCAGCAAGCUGCCUUCUCCUGGGAAAUGUGGACAAAUGACCAUUGUAAGUGGGAAUGGAUUUUGCAGCAAGGAGCCAGUGUCCUUCAGGGCUCUGCACCCCAGGACACUUGGGACGCGUUGUAACACCAGCCAGUCACCAUCAGCAUGGUGGUGCCUAGCUCAUUUGUGCUGGAUGUGCUCUGUGAGGUGCCUGUGGGUGUUUUUCAGGGGUUCUCCAGAUGGGAAUACUAUAUCUGGCUGUGACAGCACCUUUCUGCUUCAGUGCAGCUCUGGG